CCACAUGGCGUACCUCAGCGAUGGCGCCUGGAGCCCGGUUAGGCCGGCGGUGUUCUUCACCACCAAGAUGGACGGGACCCUGGACAUCUGGGACUUCGUGUUCAAGCAGUGUGACCCCGCCCUCAGCCUGAAGGUGUGCGAUGAGGCCCUCUUCUGCCUCCGGGUGCAGGACAACGGGGGUUUCGUCGCCUGCGGCUCCCAGCUGGGGACGACCACCCUACUGGAGGUCUCGCAGGGGCUGUGCAACCUCCAGAGGAACGAGAAGAACACGGCUUCUUCUGUAGCCCUGGAGGCACUCCGUGGGGCACACGAUGCUGCAAACCCCUGGUGCUGGGACCUGGGUGGGCCUCCUGGCUGUGCCUGA